AUGGAAGAUGAGAAGAAUAUUGGAGCAGAUAAGUGUCAGAAAUUGGUUGAGAAAGUUGAAAAGAGAAAGAAAAGGAUUGGAGCAGGAAGCGGUGAAAUGGAAAUAGGAUGGGGUAAAGGGAGAAAGAAAGAGAAAGGUAUGAAUUGGAGACUUGGCAAGGGUGAUACUAUUCUGUUUGGAUCACUGGCUCCAUGA